AACGGACCAAUGAGCUUCAGUCCUUGAACCCACAGCUUUCAGAGCAACAUGGCGGAGUUUGCAGGUUCUGGGGCCGAAGCCAAAUCAGGUUCAAACAGUGAAGUUAUCCGUGGGCAGGUUUUUGAUGUUGGCCCGCGAUACAGCGGACUUUCUUACAUUGGGGAGGGGGCCUACGGUAUGGUAUGUUCGGCUCGGGAUAAACAGACAGGCCAGGCUGUGGCCAUCAAGAAGAUCAGCCCCUUUGAACAUCAAACGUACUGCCAGCGAACUCUGAGAGAAAUCAAGAUCCUCACACGGUUCAAACAUGAAAACAUCAUUAACAUUCAGGACAUCAUCCAUGCGGACAGUAUUGAGGAACUGAAAGAUGUCUACAUCGUGCAGAGUCUCAUGGAGACGGACCUGUACAAACUCCUCAAGACACAGAGGCUGAGCAACGACCACAUAUGUUACUUCCUCUACCAGAUCCUGAGAGGCUUAAAGUACAUUCACUCGGCCAACGUGCUCCACCGGGACCUCAAACCCAGCAACCUGCUACUGAACACCACAUGCGAUCUUAAGAUCUGUGAUUUUGGCUUAGCCCGAAUUGCCGAUCCAGUCCACGACCACACAGGGUUCCUAACAGAGUACGUGGCGACACGCUGGUAUCGCGCUCCAGAGAUUAUGCUUAACUCCAAAGGGUACAACAAGAGCAUCGACAUGUGGUCCGUGGGUUGCAUUCUAGCCGAGAUGUUCAACAGUAAACCCAUCUUCCCUGGAAAACAUUAUCUAGAUCAGUUGAAUCACAUUUUGAAUGUCCUGGGCUCACCGUCCUCUGAAGAUCUGGACUGCAUCCUGAACGGGAAGGCACGCAGCUACCUGCAGUCCCUUCCCUUCAAGGCCACCGUGCCCUGGUCACGGAUGUACCCACAAGCCGAUGCCAAGGCUCUGGAUCUGCUCGACAAGAUGUUGACAUUCAACCCAGACAAGAGAAUAACGGUGGAGGACGCAUUGAAGCAUCCCUACUUAGAACAGUAUCAUGAUCCCUCCGAUGAGCCUAUAGCAGAGGAACCCUUCAAUUUUGAGACAGAGCUGGACGAUCUUCCCAAGGAGCAGCUGAAGGAGCUCAUCUUUGAAGAAGCCAAGAAGUUUGCAAUGAUGUCCAGAGUGGACAGCCAGGGUAGCGAAAUGAGUUAGGGUGUCCGACUACGGCGCAGGAAGAGCAAGGAGUAAAUGUUAAAGUAAUGGGAAGGUAUAUACAAGGGCUUAAAUGGCGAUGCGCCAGCUGGAUUGAUUGGAUGUUCACAGACAACCCUGCAGUUGUCGAGGGGGGGGGACAGAAUGCGAUGGUUAGUAUUCCCCCCGAAGCUCUUCUUGUCUUGGACUGGUCCAGACCAGUGUCACGUCGUUCGUCUUGCCAGUGCCAGCUUCGUCAGAUGCUCGUUGAAUUCUUCUUGGAACUCAUCCAUUCAUAUAUAUGCGCGUAUACUUUGUCUUUUUAUUGUCCCAUCCUUGGAAUAUUAAUGUGCACAGGUGUCGUAUCUGGCUUUGGCUGUCAGCAGGUCCAUUCUGAAAAGGAUUCAAGCGUAAUUGGUAAACUUGUAAAUAUUUUUGAACUUAAAUAAUGUGCACCGAUAGAUGUGGGAACAUAGUUUUUUUAAUUAGGGAAGGUUUUCGUGUCAGUAAGUUCUCACACUCUUAGAGAAACGAAUUCAAAAAUGAAGUUGCUUGAGUUUUUUUUUAAUUUGUUCACAGAAUUAAGAAAAAAAAGGUUGUGAAGAGUGCUCAUCCUGAAUGUAGUAAACCAAGUAAUGUGAUGGUAUCACUGCUAUUCUUAGAUUCACUCUCCAGAAAUCCUGACCCAAAUCGGUCAACUUUCUAUAUAAUCUGUGAAAUAUUUUUUUUUUUGGCUGCUUUUCAAUUACAUGGCAUGUUAUAUUCACAUUGACAGAAAUAUGCAUCCGUAGGGGAUCCCUUGGCAAAAACCGGUCAGCUGGAGAAUUGUACACACCUACCUGGUUCAGCCUAGUUCUGCCACUGUCCCUUCUGAUUGUAUGCAUAAAAACUGUCGAACUGGGCCUCUACAAAAUUGAAAGGCGCUGGGGAUGGAUUUCAGCACAAAACCUACCCCUGCAUCUGCUAGGGAGCCCAAACCCCAAACUUGAGUUUUUCCGGUGUGGCCUCUUCACACUGUCUGCACAAAGUGUGCGCAUGGUAAAACUGGCAGGCAAUGGCACAUUCAACCUGUGGGGAGCCCCAUGUACAAACUGGCUGGCGCCGGUUUUGGCCGGUUGGCCGGUUGGCGCCGGUUUUUGCCGGUUGGCUCUGGCUUAUUUCAUUGCCCGCUUUGACUGUGAACAAAUUAGACAGCAUCGGUGCUCAGGCUGCCCAGAACCGGCUUUUUCCAGUUUGGACCAGUAUUUGUUAACCAGUAGAAGCCACACUAUGCUGUAUUACCUGCUGUGGUGAAAUCCACAAAUCCAUACACAAGUUGGAGUGCUAGGAACCUUUCAGGCUGUCAGGUGAUCUGACUUGUAAUUUGACUUUUUUUUACAUUUGUAUGUUUUUGAUUAUUUGUUGGUGGAAGGGGAUGGUUUAUUUACUUUAAUGGAAUUGCUGCUAUUUGCAUAGGAAUAACUUAAGAGAUUUUUGCGGUACAAGCAGCUGUCUAAGUACUCUUCAUGCUCCAGUUGCAGGAUUCGAUUUUGAUCCUUUUGGUGUUGAAAAACAAAAGUAUCACUGAGAUUAACUUCCAUGAUCUGGCCAGACCUCCAGAAGUUGUUGGAUUUGUUUUGUAACGAGAGAAAAAAAAAAACAAACGAAGCAUCGUGUCAAGUUCGCCCAUUAUGAACCGAUGCUGACGGUUUGCGCAUUCGGCUGUGGUAGCAGGUGGAACUGGAGUUGGGCACUUCUUGAGUACUUCUGCCAUAACAGAUGAAUGGCAUAGAUCCUGGCUUGAUAGAAAGCCCCAGCUGCUGCUGUUCUCUCUACUUCUCUCUCUCUCUAUGCUGUAGAACUUCGGGUAAAUUUUUUUGCCUCAAUGCCUAUUUUUCUACUGUUCAAAGCAUGAUUGACCAAAUUAAAUUAAAAAAUCAGCCUGUAUAUAGACAAAAAAGAGAGAAGUAUAUAGAGGGGGAAAACCAAUCGUGAUAGUGUUUAUACUAUAUAUUUACAUUAUACAUGUAAAUGUGACUUACUGGUAUUUUGUGUUUCAUAGUGUUUAAGUACUAAUUCUUAUCGGAUCAUGAGUGCAAAUUACCUAGAAAAAUAAAGAGAGAGCUUAUGGAUUGUGGAAGAGAUGAAUGUGGUCCUUUAUGAACAGAGAGAUUGCACUGGAACAGAACAGUGAGCAUGAGUAGAUUUAAGGACGUCAGAAAGACGAAGAAAUUGGGAGUUUGACAUUAUUCAACUGUGUCCGAUCAGUGUAUGACUUAAUUAAUUGGAGGUUGUUGGUGAUUUCCACGCAUAUAUCUGGAUUGAUGUAAAGUGGAAUGGAACUGUUGGUGUAUUGUUGAGCCACUUUUUGUAACUUGUCUUCUUUAGUGGUCAUGCCAGUCAGGAGGGUGUAUGCCAGUACGCACAGGGCCCUAUUUCACGAAGCUACUAUGCACUUGUGAUGUGCUAAGCAGAGAAGAUAUCUGCUCAGCAAAGCCGAGGUACCAGCCUGAGUUUUCCCCUGUUGGGUGUAGCCUGUGACCGAGUCCGGUCUUGUGUUUCCAUUUUCGCUGAGUGUGUAAAUUUCCCAACUAAUACUGUCUGCUCUGUGGGUGCAUGAAAAUCUGGCCUGGGAUGGUCUGUCUCUUCUUUCUUGACUUACUGGGCUCAUCCUCCUUGAGAUGAAUGGCACUUUUCUUGCCGUUACCUGGCACCAGUCCAUUUGUAUUGGCUUGAUGUGCGAUUCAGUAAUGCUGUAAACAUUCAAUAAGUGUUCCUUUUUUUAAAAGUCUUGUUCCAGCCCCGUUUCCAGCAGGUAAGGCAGUCUGACAGCCUAUUAGUCAGAAUGUCGGUCCUGGUUGUAGGGCACUUGGCACCUUGGAUGAAAUGUUUCACCUGGCAUGCUUUAAGACGAUCCAUGGCAUGGCACAUUGCACUUUAUAUUAAGACAGGGGUCCAGGUGCUAGACCGACCUCAAGUUUUUGAGCUUGGAAAGUUCAGCCCUAAGCCCUUUUGAAACCGUUUUUAGAUGCAUUGUCAAGGAAUUUCAACACCGUUUUGUUUUGUAAAAUACACACCAGAUAAGAAAAUGUAACUAAGUCCUUGCUAAGGAAUUUCACUUUUUAAAUGUGGCAACGUGCCAAAGAAGGGCCAAGUACUGUGAAAUACUUCAAGAACAAUAUCGUCUGCUGUGAAAAAUAUCUUAACGUAAAACGGCCGAGGGACAACAAUUUUUACGUACAAUAUUUUUGUUUUGGUCAUCGUUCCAAUGCUUUGUCGGAAGAUAGUUGGUGUACACCAACCUAAUGAGCCAAUUUGAAUUCUAGCAUGUCUUUAGAUCCAGGGAUGCUCCUGCUCUGUGCGUGGCCCGUUUGUUGGCUGUGGGGCUCCUUCUUUUAGUCAUUGUGGUUACUGUAGAGAAGCAACUAUUGGAGCUUCUUAAACAUUUGCAUUAUGGAUAGAAUUGUUAUGACUUAAGAGCUCAAACUGAACAAACAAAUUUUAAGUAGAACGUGUUUCCUACUCAUGAUUAGUAAUCUGCCCCUUCCCCCCAUGAAAUGAAUUUAAUUUGAUGACCAUGCUUACACUAUGCAUCCCAAAAUACCCCUCCUUCCCCCAAAAUGGGUAACCCUGUGUGCCCCUGACAGACCCUAGUCACGCCAUCCAUUCAUGAGGGGAAGAAAACCCAUCCAGUACCCGCUCAAAUCAGAGGGUACUUUUGGUGUUAUGCACAGAGCAGGGUACAACCUGUAUUGUGUUACAUGUGAGUUAGCCCCAGUUUUCCAUGUGAUGUGCGUUUCCCAUUGAAACACUACCCCUGGCUGUGAAAAGCGUCUUCAAAAGAAAUCAUUGCUAAAAUUAAUUGCUUCUUUUGUCCGGUCAACUUGUGCGGUAAAAAGUGAUCACGUAAUAUUUUGUUCUGUUUUGCAUAAGUCUUCUUUGAUUUCCAGUGUGAAUACUAUUUCUGCUUUACCAAGCUAAGAGACUUACAAUUGAGACAAUUUUUUUUUGGAGCAGAAAACUUUUAGAAUAAUUAGGCACAAGUUUAUUUUCAGUGUACACUGUCGGGCCACAUUUUAUCAAUUUAUGACUUACUGUGUGGCUGUAUAAAGAAAGUGUAGAACUUUGCUUCAUGUAAUGUUUAUGGGAUUUCCCUAAAAGAAAAAAAAAACUAACACAGUAUGAAUAAAUUGAAAUAUUUUGAUGCAAAGAAUCAUGUUUAAACAUCUUUUAUGGGAAUUAAUUAAAACUAGUUUUUUUUACCCAAAUCUACAGUACCUAUGUUGGUAGAAUCGUGUGAUACAGAUUACUUCUAAGGUCUAUAUAUUCAAACAAAAAAGCGAAAUAUUUUUAAUGUAGAGCAGAACAAAAAGAAGAGAUUAUUUUCUACAGAGUAAGCCUAAGACUGGCCAUUGUAUCUUGUGUUAUUGUACAUUGUACACAUGUACAUUGUAGACUGCUAUGUUAGUGAGUUAGUAUAUCCAACAACUUUUGAACUGUCUCCCUAUGUGCUUAAUAAUAAAGAAGCUUUGGUUGUAUUUAAACAAA